AUGCCUUCGGCGGGAAUUUCAAUUACCCCGACGGCUACGGCCUCAUUGGUGGCUGAUGCUACUAUUGCCAAUAACCUACUGGUCAUUGCCUCGGAUACUGCAGCCGCCAACAUUGCCACGUCCGGUCUUAAUGCUUACGGAAUUCCUUACACAGUCCUCACGGUCCCGCGGACUGGUGUGACUCUUCCUGCUUUGAACAGCACUUCCGGAGGUAACUUCGGAGGUAUUGUCGUUGCUUCGCAGGUUGCUUAUGAUUAUGGCGGUACAACUGGUUUCCAAAGUGCUUUGACUACUGAUCAAUGGAAUCAGCUGUACGCUUACCAGCUAGCCUACGGCGUUCGUAUGGUUCAGUACGAUGUUUACCCCGGGCCAAAUUUUGGCGCCACUGCUGUUGGCGAUGGUUGCUGCAGCACUGGCGUUGAGCAGGAUAUCUCUUUCACCGAUAUCAGUGAUUUCCCUACCUCUGGCCUACGGACUAGUGCGGGAGUCAGCACUGAAGGGCUCUGGCACUAUCCGGCUACUAUCUCCAAUACCACUUCCACCAAGGAGAUAGCUUCAUUCGCUGCCAACUCCGUCACCUCGUCAGACACCACUGCGGCUGUUAUCAACGACUUCGAUGGUCGUCAGCAGAUGGCCUUCUUCAUUGGAUUUGAUACUACGUGGAGUGCCACCUCAAGCUAUCUGCAGCACGCCUGGAUUACUUGGGUUACCCGGGGUCUGUAUGCUGGAUACCGCCGAGUCAACCUCAACACUCAGAUCGAUGACAUGCUGCUCGAGACUGACAUCUAUUACCCUAGCGGCAAGACUUUCCGUAUCCGCAAUGAGGAUUUGGAUCGAAUUCGCGACUGGGUCCCCACUCUCAACGCCAAGCUGAACUCUGGCAGUACCUGGUUCCCUGAGACAGGCUUCAACGGCAACGGCAACAUUGAGAACUCUUCCAAUACCGACGCCGGCUACACUGCUUGCAAAGGCGGUGGCAUUGAGUACGAUUCGCCUCCCGAUACCCCUCUGGAAUUCAAGAAGCCUCUGGGUACUGGCACCAACCUCUGGCCUGCCACCCCUACCGUCUACGACUGGAGCUUGAACUGCGUGAAGCGCGACCCUCUCUACCAAUGGUGGGCCGUCCCCAGAAACCGGGAUACCUUUGCUCUGAUCUCCCACACUUUCACCCACGAGGAGCAAGACAAUGCCACAUACUCUGAUGUCUACAAGGAGAUCAGCUUCAAUCAGGCUUGGUUCAAGCAAACCGGCCUCGACCGGGCCAAAUACUGGACUCCCAAUGGUAUCAUUCCCCCGGCCAUCACCGGUCUCCACAACGGCGAUGCUCUCCGGGCUUGGUGGGAUAACGGCAUCAAGAACUGUGUGGGUGACAACACUCGCCCCGCCCUUCUGAACACCAAGAACGCGAUGUGGCCCUACUGGACGGUCACCUCCACCGACGGCUUCGACGGUAUGCAAGUCAACCCGCGCUGGGCGACCCGCAUCUACUACAACUGCGACACGCCGGAGUGUACCGUGAACGAGUGGAUCGCCACCUCUGCCGGCAGCGGUACCUUCGCCGACCUGCUAGCCACCGAGAAAGCCGACACCAUGCGCCACCUGUUCGGGCUCUACCACGACCCCUACAUGUUCCACCAGGCCAACUUGCGCAAUGCGGACGCCGAGCCGAUCACCAUCAACGGUGUCUCGGCCAAGAUCUCCAUCUUCCAGGCCUGGGUUGAGACCGUUGUGCAGGAGUUCGUGCGGCUGGCUACCUGGCCCAUCGUCACCCUCAAGCACGCGGACAUGUCCGCCGGCUUCCUUGCCCGCUACAAACGUGAUGCGUGUGGCUACGGACUGAGCUACACUGUUCGUGGUGGCUCUAUCACCGGUGUCACUGUCACUGCUACUGGAAAUACUUGCAGCGAGCCUAUCCCUGUUACUUUCCCUGUGGCUCCUACUGAUACCAAAGGUUUCACUACCGAGAAGCUUGGCUCUGACCCGUUGACUGUCUGGGUCAAGCUUUCUGGUUCCCCGGUGUCUUUCACUCUUUCGAAGGCUAUUCCCUUUUAG